UUACUAUCAAAUAUCAAUAAACAAGAAUACAUAUAAAGAAAGAAAAUGUCAGCAAUUGGAAUUGAUUUGGGAACAACAUACUCAUGUGUCGGUGUAUUCCAGCACGGAAAAGUUGAAAUCAUCGCUAAUGACCAGGGCAAUCGUACAACACCCAGCUAUGUUGCGUUCACAGAUUCUGAGCGAUUGAUUGGUGACGCCGCUAAGAACCAAGUGGCAAUGAAUCCAAAGAAUACAGUAUUCGACGCUAAACGAUUGAUUGGCCGCAAAUAUGAUGACCAGAAAAUACAAGAAGAUAUGAAACAUUGGCCAUUUAAAGUGGUGAACGACAGUGGUAAACCAAAAAUUAACGUCGAAUUCAAAGGCGAACAGAAGAGAUUUGCACCCGAAGAGAUAAGCUCAAUGGUGUUAACUAAAAUGAAAGAAACAGCUGAAGCAUAUCUUGGUACAACAGUGAAAGAUGCAGUCAUCACAGUACCUGCCUAUUUUAAUGAUUCGCAGCGUCAAGCGACAAAAGAUGCUGGUGCAAUAGCUGGUCUUAAUGUGUUACGUAUAAUAAAUGAACCGACAGCUGCUGCAUUAGCGUAUGGGCUAGACAAGAACUUGAAGGGCGAACGGAACGUUUUAAUAUUUGAUUUAGGUGGCGGUACAUUCGAUGUUUCGAUUUUGACAAUUGAUGAAGGAUCUCUGUUCGAAGUGCGAUCUACGGCUGGUGAUACACAUUUGGGUGGUGAAGAUUUCGACAACAGAUUGGUGAAUUAUUUGACUGAUGAAUUUAAGCGUAAAUACAAAAAGGAUUUGCGCUCAAAUCCAAGAGCACUUCGUCGUCUGCGAACAGCUGCUGAACGUGCCAAACGUACUUUAUCCUCUAGUACUGAAGCAACAAUCGAAAUUGAUGCAUUAUUUGAGGGUAUUGAUUUCUAUACGAAAAUAAGUCGAGCACGCUUUGAAGAGCUCUGUGCAGAUUUAUUCCGCAACACAUUGCAACCAGUAGAAAAAGCGUUGACAGAUGCAAAAAUGGAUAAGAAUCAAAUUCAUGAUAUUGUAUUAGUUGGUGGAUCUACUCGUAUACCGAAAGUACAAAACUUACUUCAAUCAUUCUUCUGUGGCAAGAGUUUAAAUUUGUCAAUUAAUCCUGACGAAGCUGUCGCUUAUGGUGCAGCUAUUCAAGCAGCCAUACUGAGUGGAGAUAAGAGCAGUCAA